GAGGAGGAGGAGGAAGCAGGCGGGAGGAGGAGUUGCCGGAGGAGGAGACGAGCGCGGCAGUCGCACCGGCGCUGGGCGAGGAAGCGGAGCCAGGCCGCCGCCGGAAAAUGCCUCCAAAGUUUAAAUGAAGCUGGAAAGUGCGUCGAUGCAGUAUCACAGCCUCUCCAAAUGUUCGGGGAUAAUAUUCCAGAGAGAAAUUAAUCCCCUUGGAUUAGGCGACUAGGCAUAAUGAAGAAAAUUAGUCUCAAGACCUUUCGGAAAUCAUUCAACUUGAACAAAAGUAAAGACGACUCUGAUUUCAUGGUGGUGCAGCCACCAUCCCUAGCCAGUGACUUUGGAAAAGAUGACGCCUUGUUUGGAGGCUGCUAUGGUAAAGAGAUGGCCAGCUGUGAUGUCAACAGUGAGGAUGAAAAGGGUGGGAAGAACAGAUCAAAAAGUGAAAGCCUCAUGGGCACCCUGAAGAGGCGGCUUUCUGCCAAACAGAAGCCCAAAGGCAAAGGCAGCUCACCCGCCGGGGGCGCUGCCAACGAAGACACCUUCUCCUCCUCCUCCGCACCCAUCGUCUUCAAAGACGGGAGAGCUCCGAGGCCCAUCCGCUCCACCUCCCUGCGCAGCCACCACUACAGCCCCACGCCUUGGCCCCUUCGGCCCACCAACUCUGAGGAAACGUGCAUCAAAAUGGAGGUGCGGGUGAAGGCCUUGGUCCAUUCUUCCAGCCCAAGCCCAGCCCUGAAUGGUGUGCGGAAGGAUUUUCAGGACCUUCAGUCUGAAAGUGUGUGCCAAGAGCAGCGUAGCACGCUGAAGGGUUCGGAGUCUCCCAACGGGGACUUGCAUCUUCACCUGGAUGAACAUGUGCCUGUCGUGAUUGGACUCAUGCCUCAGGACUACAUUCAGUACACCGUGCCUUUAGACGAGGGGAUGUACCCCCUGGAAGGAACACGCGCCUAUUGCCUGGAUGGUUCUUCUCCCAUGGAGGUCUCUGCAGUCCCUCCACCGGUGGGCGGGAGCUCUUUCCCUGAAGACGAGAGUCAGGUAGACCAAGACCUGGUGGUCGCCCCGGAGAUCUUUGUGGACCAGGCGGUCAACGGCUUGCUGAUCGGCACCACAGGAGUCAUGUUGCAGAGCCCACGAGUGAGUCCUGAUGCCGUCCCCCCACUCUCACCAUUGCUACCUCCGAUGCAGAAUAACCUAAUCCAAAGGAACUUGAGUGGACUCACUGGCACAGAUGCCCAUGCGGCCGGAAGCGUGCGCUGUCAUUUGAAUUUUGAUCCCAACUCUGCUCCCGGGGUUGCAGGAGUUUAUGACUCAGUGCAAAGUAGUGGUCCCAUGGUUGUGACAAGCCUUACGGAGGAGCUGAAAAAGCUGGCCAAACAAGGCUGGUACUGGGGACCCAUCACGCGCUGGGAAGCUGAGGGAAAGCUGGCGAACGUGCCCGACGGCUCCUUUCUCGUUCGGGACAGUUCUGAUGACCGUUACCUUCUAAGCUUGAGCUUUCGGUCCCAUGGCAAAACACUUCACACUAGAAUCGAGCACUCAAAUGGUAGGUUUAGCUUUUACGAACAACCAGAUGUGGAAGGACAUACGUCUAUAGUGGAUCUCAUCGAACAUUCAAUCAGGGACUCUGAGAACGGAGCUUUUUGUUAUUCUAGGUCUCGGUUGCCUGGAUCUGCCACCUACCCUGUCAGACUAACGAAUCCCGUGUCCCGGUUCAUGCAGGUGCGUUCUUUGCAGUACCUGUGUCGCUUUGUUAUACGUCAGUAUACCAGAAUAGACUUAAUUCAGAAACUGCCUUUGCCAAACAAAAUGAAGGAUUACUUACAGGAGAAGCACUACUGAGAGAGUGGGACCCCUGCAUCUUGCACUUUGGGAAUAAGGAAAGGAGAUUGAAACACAGUUUACAGACUCAUUGCCAUCAGAAUCUUUUUUUGCUGCCAUCACUAUUUUAGUUUUUAUCUGUAAAACAGUCCUCAGUUUGUUUCGGGGUGGGAACGUGUCUGCAAGGUGUCCUGGUUAAUUUGGGUUCUUUACAAAGGCAAGUCUUGAGGUCGUAGCAGUGUGGAUUAUCUUUCACCAAUGUGCAGAGGGUCACAAUGUGAAUUGUCAGAUUGUCUUUAACAGCCCCUCCCCCAAACCUUUGCUGCUAUCCACUGUGAUUUUUAUGCAUUCAAAGCACAUUUCAUGUGUAUCAACCCUAAGUGAAGUGGAAUGAAACUUAGAGAAUGAAAAUUGCUGUCUUUUUAAAUGACUCAUCCUCAAAAGAUGGUGGCAUGCGGCGUUUCCAUGCACACUGAGAAGGGUUAAAUUUCACGUUCUGGAAGGAUUUACUUGGAAUUAUGAGUUGACAGAAUCUUGUAAUGGAAUGCAAAUCUGAAACAUAUCUUUUAUAACACUUUUCUAAAUUAUUUUAAGGUUUGUGACAAUUUUUUUGAUUGUGAAAAGUUAAAUUUUUCUUCUGUUGCUUUCUUUUCCAUCUUGUAAUUUGUCUAUUGUAAUAAAUGGCCUUACAUUUGAAAAAUCAUAAAGAAAUGUAUACCACCAGUUUAGAAAUUAUUGCCUUUUCGAUCACUAAACUCGGGUACAAAUUGGUGUCAGUUAUAAAGACGUAAUGAUUUACCAUUAUUAAAGAAA